AUGAAUCGGUGGGAAGCUAUGGAGAGGGAGAACCAUGUAGCCGAGCGCGGGCUCGUCCCUGUCAGCGCCGGCGACGUGCAGGUGCAGCACGACCAUGGCGGGGCGGCCAAGACGGACGGCUUCGUGCGCAGGGACCAGUCAUGCCGGUACGCUAGCAGCGACAUCCCAAGCGAUCUGCUGGUCAAGGUGGGCGGCGUCAACUUCCACGUCCACAAGCACCCGAUGGUCACCCGGAGCGCCCGGCUGGCCCGACUCGUCGACGAGGCGUCGGCUCUGCACGGCCCCGACGCCGUCACCGUGCUCGAGCUGCCGGACCUGCCGGGCGGCCACGGCGCGUUCGAGCUGGCCGCCAAGUUCUGCUACGGUGUGGUGGUGGACAUCACGGCCGCCAACGUCGCCGUCCUACGCUGCGCCGCCGAGUACCUGGAGAUGACGGAGGAGAUGGAGGAGGGCAACCUCGCCUUCCGCGCGGAGGCGUUCCUCAGCUACGUGGUGGCGUCCUCGUGGCGGGACUCCGUCGUCGUCCUCCGCGCCUGCGAGGGCCUCUCCCCGUGGGCCGACGACCUCCAGCUCGUGCGCCGCUGCAGCGAGUCCGUCGCGGCGAAGGCGUGCACCAGCCCGAGGGCCGUGCGCUGGGCCUACGCCGGCAGCAGGACGUCGCCCAAGACGCCCAGGGCCGCCGGCACGUCGACGGGCAACAGCGGCAGCCCGCCGGCCGACUGGUGGGUGGACGACGUCUGCGUGCUGAGGAUCGAUCACUUCGUGCGCGUCGUCACCGCCGUCCAGGCCAGAGGCAUGCGGCCCGACCUCAUCGGUGCCGCCGUCACGCGCUAUGCCUCCAAAUGGCUCUCCUCCGCUGGCCUCCUCAACAAAGAGAGCCCCGCGUCGCAUGGCGGAUUCGGCGUGCUCCAAAUGGUCGUUGCCGGCGAGGGGGAUGAGGAUGACACGCAGGCGGAGAUGACGGCCAGUGAGCAGCGGAGGAUCAUCGAGAGCCUGAUCAGCAUUAUCCCCCCGAAAAAGGACUGCGUCUCCUGCAGCUUCCUCCUCCGGCUUCUCCGCCUGGCCGUCGUCCUCAAGGCGGCGCCGGCGUUGGUCACGGAGGUGGAGAAGCACGUGGGCGUGCAGCUCGACCAGGCGGCGCUGCCCGACAUCCUGGUCCCUUCGUACCCCUACGCCCGCUCCGAAGCCGCGUACGACGUCGACCUCGUGCAGCGGCUGGUGGAGCAGUUCGUGGUGCAGGAGCAGUCCGGCCGUGGAAAGGAGAAGCAGGAACAGCAGCAGCACAGCUGCAAAGCGCUGCAGGUGGCGAGCCUCAUCGACAGCUACCUCUCCGAGGUGUCCCGGGACCGGAACCUCGCCCUGGGCAAGUUCCAGGCCCUGGCCGAGUCGCUGCCGGAGUCGGCACGCGUGUGCCAUGACGGGCUGUACCGCGCCGUCGACUCGUACCUGAAGGCGCAUCCAGCAUUGACCGACCACGAGCGGAAGCGGCUGUGCCGCGCGGUGGACUGCGGGAAGCUGUCGCGGGAGGUGCGCACUCACGCGGCGCAGAACGAGCGGCUGCCGCUCCGCGUCGUGGUGCAGGUGCUGCUGUCGGAGCAGGCAAAGAUGGCCGGCGCGCUCGGCAGGGUGGGCAAGAAGGAGGACGACGUCAACGCGCUGAGGCUGGAGGUGGAGAGCGUGAACGCGAAGUACAUGGAGCUGCAGCGCGAGGUGGAGCUUCUGCAAGGGCAGCUGGAGCGCAUGCUGCCACCGUCCGAGGAGGCCAAGCAACAGAACGUGUCGGCGGGGUGGACCAGCGGGUGGAAGAAGCUCGGGAGACUCGGCAGGAUUCAGGUGGAGCAGCCGGUAGUGACGGCGGCACCCGGCGAGACACGGAGCAGGGAACCUCGGCGGAGGAGAAACUCCGCCUCGUGA